GAGUCGCCAACGAGAAGGCCACUUCAGCCGCCCGGCUGGCCCGGGGACAGCACCGCUGGAGGAGGGUCCGACUCCGCCGGGGGAGUGGAGCCGGGAGCGCCGCCCCAGCGGGAGGGGACGGGAGGGGACAGGAGGGGACGGAGGGCGGCUGUCGCAGCCCGGGGCAGCGCCGCUGUCGCGGCGGGCUGAGCCCGGCCAUGGCCCAGCAGGAGCCGGCUGAGCCCGGGGCUGCGGGGAGCGGCCCCGUGCAGAUCCGAGUGGCCGUCCAGGCAGCCGCGGAGGAGGAAGAGCGGGAGGAGGAGGACGAGGACGAGGAGGAAGACUCGGGGGGCGGUGGAGCGCUGUGCCCCAGCUGCAGCGAGGAGGACUCGGGGCGGUGCGGGCGCUCCAGUGGUGGGGAAAAUGAUGACGACUCUGAGCAGAACUGGAAACCACCAGAAAAUGACCUGAUCCAGAAAUUAAUAGCACAGAUUGAAUAUUACUUCUCAGAUGAGAACCUUGAGAAAGACGCCUUCCUCCUGAAGCACGUGAGAAGAAAUAAGAUGGGCUAUGUCAGUGUUAAACUCCUCACUUCUUUUAAGAAGGUGAAACACCUUACCCGUGACUGGAGAACCACGGCCUACGCACUGAAGUACUCGGACACUCUUGAGCUCAACGAUGACAACAAAAAGGUUCGAAGAAAGACUCCAGUUCCACUGUUUCCAAGUGAAAACGUCCCUACCAGGAUGCUACUGGUGUAUGACAUCCAUACAAUUUCUGACCUUCAGGCUCUUAAUAAGCAAGAAAAUGGAUGCAUGCAAGAAAGGAUAAUGGAGCAUCUCCUCAAAGCCUUUAUAACUUUUGGUGUUAUUUCAUCAGUUCGUAUUCUCAAGCCUGGCAGGGACCUACCACCUGAUAUCAGGAGGGUCAGCAACCGGUACACCCAGCUGGGAACUCAGGAAUGUGCAAUUAUAGAAUUUGAAGAAGUAGAUGCUGCCAUACGUGCUCAUGAUUCAAUGUGCACCGAAAAGAAAGAGACUGGCAUGAAAGUUGUCCUCAUAGGAAUGAAACCACCAAAGAAAAAAGUUCCCAAAGAGAAGAACCACGAUGAAGAUUCCAGCAAGAGUCUUAAGAAGACUCGAUCCCUUAAUAAGAGAGUGGAGGAACUUCAGUUUGUUGGUGAUGAAUCUUCAGCAAACAGCUCUUCUGACCCAGAGAGCAAUCCCACAUCCCCACUGUCAGGGCGCAAACGUACUGCAGCAAAUACUGCAUGUAAUCUGAGCCCCAUCAUUCAUCCAAAUAACCAUUUGAGUCCUAAUGUGUCACCCAGAUCAAGUCCUUGGAAUAGUCCAUCUUCACUAAGGAAAGGAACAAAAAAAUCUCCACUGGCUGAAGACAGUAAGCUUAACCCAAGCACUAGCCCUGAAAUUCCAAGGAAAUGUACAGAUUAUUCCUCGGAUAGCAGCAUCACCCCUUCUGGGAGCCCCUGGGUACAGAGAAGAAAAGCCCAAACUUUCACACAAGAGAAGAGUUCCACCAGCAGUCCCAUGUUGGUUAGGAAAAUACAAAAUGCAGACGGUCUCCCUGUAGGGGUACUGAGGCUGCCUAAAGGUCCUGAUGGCACCAAGGGAUUCCACAAUGGCUGUGAAAGAAGGAAGGCUAUGAAGAAACAGGUGAGGUUGGAAGGCAUCUCUGGAGAUUGCCCAGUCCACCUCCUUGUCUCAAGCUACCAGAAGUCACUGAGCGGUUUGAGCAUCUGUGAAGACAGAGACUUCCCUGCCUGUUUGGGUGAUGUGUUUCCAUGUUCAACCACCCACACAGUACAAAAGUGUUUCUUUACAUUCAGGUGCAAUUUCUGUGUUCCAGUUUGUGCCCCUUUUCCUGUUACUGGGUAUCACUGAGAAGGGCCUAGUUCCGUGCUCUUUACUGCUUCCCAUCAGGUAUUUAAAAACACUGAUGAGAUCUGGCCCCAGAGCCCUCUCCUCUCCAGUCUGACCUGCUCUCUAGGCAAGAUGGACGUGCCAGCCUUUUAAUCAGCUGAAUCGCUUCCCGAGUGCACUGCCCUUACCCACAUCUAUUCCUUUCAUGUAUUAUUUUGAAAUGCCUAAACAUCCAAACAGACAUAUAAAUCAUUCAUGUAUAUACAUCAUCUGCAGAGCUAGGAUCCUGAAGAGCAGUGUGUAAAUACUUACAGUUUAGUGGCUGUAUUAUGAGAAGGGUGGUAUGUUACCAGUCUCAUCAUAAGGAGUUGAGGUUUUCAAGACUUUCUGUGUUUGCCUCAAAAGCAACCGAGAAAGUUAUGCCACAGCGAGCAGUUGUUCUCAUGUACAUUGCCAAAGCAGUAUUUUUUAGUAGGACCAGUGUGUAUUUUCAUGUGAUGUGAGUAAAGACUGAGCAUUGGAGAUUGCUCUGUAAGUGUUCUCUCAUGUAAUCAGAUGGAAAUAAACAAAAAUAUUAACUCA